AUGAAAACCUCAACAGUCCUUGCUGGCCUGUUGGGGUCAGCUUUACCUGCGCUAGCGGCACUCGAGCUUCGUAUUCAAGACAAGGCGCCUUGGAACCUGCGAGCCAUUUCUCAUCGGUCCCCUCACAGGGCUCCAAAGGUGACUCGUCUUCGUAAUUUCAAGUAUUACUAUUCUUGGAACGACGAAACACCUUACUAUGCAUACGUCAUUGACUCGGGAAUUCGAGUUUCACACAACGAGUUUGAGAACCGCGCGGAAAACCUUUGGACUGCCUUUAAGACUUCGGAUAAAAAAGACAACUUUCAGAAUGGGAACGGCCACGGCACCCACGUUGCGGGAAUUAUUGCCUCCAAAACCUAUGGAGUGGCUAAGAAGGCUCGGGUUGUCUCUGUCAAGGUUUUGAACAACGAAGGCCGUGGAGACUUGUCCCAAGCCAUAGCCGGAUUCGACGCUGCUAUCCGCGAUAUUCACAAAAAUCGUCGCUACCACCAUGCCGUGAUUAACAUUUCUGCCGGAUGGACAACCUGCUCCAAGGCCCUUGCAACUGCCAUAGACAGAGCUUAUAAUACCCGCGGCAUCUUGACUAUUGUCGCCGGUAAUGAAGGCCCGGGCACUGUACAAUGUACACCCACGGAUUCGACGCACAGUAUAACGGUUGGGGCCAUGGCGCCAGAUUGGAGCGCUGCCCCCUUUACUAACCUGAGGUACAAAGUCGAUAUAUUCGCGCCAGGAGUUGAUAUCCUUUCACUUGCAAAGGACAGCGACUCUGCUACUACGACCAAGUCAGGUACUUCAAUGGCUGCACCUCAUGUUGCCGCUCUAGCUUUAAACGCCAUGUCGGUCUUCUCAAAGCAAGGCCAAGAGGUUACUUCAUUCCUCCAAAAGACUGCUACCAAGAACAAAGUGAAGGGGGACCUUGGUGGGUCGCCAAACUUGCUCGUGAAUAACAACAACGACAAGCAGAAUUCGUGCAAGGCUCAACCUGAGUCCGACGACUCGUGUUAG